UGUGUUCAAUUCGCCUAUAAUAACAUAAAUUAAUAAAAUUACGACAUCCCGCAAGGACACUACUCACAAUGUUUAUGAAAGGUGUAAUUGCUGUAAACAUAUGUCGGAGUAAUUAAUCAGCAUAAAUUAUAUACGUACAACCCUCUCCCAAUUCGGGGCGUUUGUAAAAGUGUCACUUUCGGCGGCGGAUUUUUAGUAGCGUGUGUCAUCGAAAACCGUUGAGAUCCCGAUCCUGCCUGUUUAUAUAUUGAGGUGAUUUCACAAUUUCAUCAGUCGUAUGUGUCACGCGAAGCGAAAAUGUGGAAAUUGUCGAUUGUUGUAAUUUUGCACGUCCAUUGGGCGUUGAGCGAUCUUUAUCCUGGACGUCCGCUGUACAUCAAGAGCUACCCUGGGAUUCCCAACAUCCAGAGUGAUCUAUACGAAGUGUACCAAGAGCCGUACGUUUACAAUGUGAAUAUUAUUGGAGCCGUUGCGGUUCUCCAAGGCGAGGGGGAGAGCAGCGUGAAGGGUGAAAUCACGUUCACGCAAAGGCAACCACCGGUCGGUCCCGUGCUGGUUAGAGGAAACAUAACGGGGUUGAAACCUGGAAAACACGGUUUCCACAUAUACCAAUCGGGCGAUCUUCGGCACGGCUGCGAGAAACUAGGCAAUCACUUCAACCCCUUCUUGUUACAGCACGGUGACCGAAGGGACUCCCUAAGACAUGUGGGCGAUCUGGGAAACAUCGAGGCGAAAGAUGAUGGAAGUGUGGAAGUCGAGUUUGUUGAUUCUCUACUGUCGCUGGUUGGUGGUGGCAGGAGUGUUGUUGGAAGGGCACUCGUGAUAGCGGAGAAUGAAGAUGAUCUGGGUCGCGGUGGGACUGCCGAAAGUGUGUCAACGGGAAACUCUGGGAAACCAAUAGCCUGUGCCGUAAUUGCCUACACGUAGCUCUCUUAACGAUCAUUUAAUUGUACAUAAGUUUGUUAUAUUAAAAUCCGUGUUUUUUACUUGAA